AAAGCCCACCUAUCUCUCUUCUGCUUUUCAUCCCACUUAGGAAUGGUGAUGUUAGACUCUUCAUAUCCAUGGAAGAGUGAAAUUUAAAAUCAAAUCUUCCAGAAACCCAUUUGUUUAUUACCGCGGCAUUGUUAAAAGGUUGUACGUUAAAUAGGUAGUUGCAGUUCUCAACAUGAAUAUUAUUUCCUUUCUAAAAAUCCUGGCCACCAUCACAGCUGGUGCUCUUUAUCUUUUCACUUGCUGCACUUCACUCUUGCACUAAUUGCUUGAAUUACAUCAUUUUUCUCAAGUUUGGCAAGAGGUUUCAGUGGUCAAUCGGUCCGCAUCUCUAUUAGACUAUAAAUCACUUCCAUCGAUUGUUGUUUCUGGUAGUAAAUUUCAGUUACUUUAAGUCUUGGUGUCUGGACUUCAGUGAGAUGCCAAUUGUUUUUAGUUCUUCAUUGUCAGGGAGGUGUCCACAGAGUUCAUUUGCUAGAUGGCACCAUUGGUGGGGUUUUGUUAUUGGAACUGUUUAAAAGAGAUGGAAUGGGGACAAUGGUGGCCAGUGAUCUAUACGAGGGAACUCGAAUGGCUAAGGUGACAGAUCUUUCUGGAAUUAAGCAAAUAAUCCAACCUCUAGUAGAAGCAGGAACACUGGUUCGUAGAACAGAUGAAGAGCUACUUAAAACGAUAGACUCAUUUGCUGUGGUGGAAAGAGAAGGUCAAAUCAUUGCUUGUGCUGCCCUUUUUCCUUUCUUUAGAGCGAAAUGUGGAGAGGUUGCUGCUAUUGCAGUUUCCGCUGAAUGCCGAGGACAAGGACAGGGAGACAAAUUGCUUGAUUACAUCGAAAAGAAGGCAUCCUCUCUUGGAUUGGAAAUGCUUUUUCUCUUGACAACCCGCACUGCUGAUUGGUUUGUAAGGCGAGGCUUCCAAGAAUGUACAAUUAACAUGAUACCUGAAGAAAGGAGGAAAAAAAUCAACCUAUCCCGCAGGUCCAAGUAUUACAUGAAGAAGCUGCUGCCUUAUAAGAGUGGAAUUACUAUUGAUGGAUCAUUUAAAUGAGGUUUGCAAGGCAUCCAGGGCCACCAAAAUGGUGCUAAUCAAGGCUGCAAACAGAAUCUCAUCUCAAUGGUUUGGUUUAGAUGGAGAAGUCACCUGCUUCCAAGAAAAAAGGGUUGAUCAAAGGAUCUCGCAUCAGGUCUUUGGAAUUACUAUUAUUGUUAAUUAAUGAUUAUAGCCUUCAUAUUUUUGUGGUAUACAUCUACUCUCUAAUAUAUGCUUGAAUGGUUAACAAAGCUUUCUAGGGGAACUCAAAAUUAGAGGGGCCUACAAUAAGGUGAUAAAUAUGCUGGGGAUUCAUUAUAGGUGGUUUGGAGAAUUGGAGUAGCAAGAAUAGGCAUUAAAACAUAGUUGUCCCAUAUUCCUGCUUGAAAUUCAUUCUUUAUAAAUGGAGAAGUGCAGA